UUUCUUUUUUUUUCUUUUCAAACAUCAGGAAAUAUAUAACUGUUCCAGAGAGACAGUUAUCAUUUCUCUUUCGAAAUUGGAAUUGAAAAGAUCAUCUUCGCUCUUUUGCUCCCAAGAAGUUUCAAUGGCAGAGAACACGCAAGCAAUCUGGGUGGACUCAUUUUGGUUCAUAGACAAUUUAUCCAGGCUGCUGAAUUUUUAUCGUUAUGAUCGCUACCGUUGUGCUGCUGCUGCCACUGUGAUGUGUCAAAGAUUUUUCUUACGUCGACAACCCUAUGUUAAUAAUUGGAUAAUAUCUGCUGCCUGCAUGAUGAUAGUGAAAAGAAAUUAUGAUUCUGAUGACUCGCAGAUCGAUGAAAUUUGCAACUAUUCGUUUCUUCUAAUUUAUUCUGGUGAAAGCAUAGAAGGAAUGGUAAUUCCAGAUGAAUGGAAAGAAAGUAUGUUGUGGGUUCAAACUCUGAUCCUUUUGACCUUGGAGCCCGAUGAAAUGGAAGUUGAUCUUCCCCAUGAACUCUUUUUUGACCAUAUCGUCCUCAUGCAACCUCAUAUUCGCCAUUUUUGCUAUCAACUUUUAAAUGAUGGGCUUCUCACCACGGCAUUUCUGGUGUUUCCUCCUCACUACUUGGUCGCUGGGGCCCUUUAUGCUGCGAAGAAGUUGUUUGGUUACCCCUUCAGAGAUGAUUGGUGGGAACAAUAUGGAUUGACUCCGGAUCACCUAGAAGUGGUUGGUGAGUUCUUUUGUGAAAGCCAACGGAUCAAGCAACAAAGUUCAUUAAUGUCAUCAUUCAAAUACAUUUUAAGGACUCUUCAUACAACAGUGGAAGGACUGUCCCAGAAGUUGGCAGAUGCAAACCAAGAAAUUCAGAGGCUAACUCGAGCAUUGGCCGAAUCACAUAGAACCACAAAUUGACAGUGUCCUAGAAUUCUAUCUUGUGUUUCCUUUGUCCUUCCUUUUCUUUUCAGCACAUAAAUUUUGGGUGAUAUUAGCUUUUGACUAGUCCAUAUCCGAAUUUCGCUAUGGAUACUGGUAGCUUUUUUUUCUUUUCUUUUACAUAUUAUGGAGACAUUUACUUCCAUUA